AACAUCCACCAAAACCACCAAUCGAAAAAAUGAAGUAUCUCGCUGCUUACCUUCUCUUGACCACUGGUGGUAAGGCCUCCCCUGCCGCUGCCGAUGUCGAGUCUGUCUUGUCCGCUGUCGGUAUUGAGGCCGAGUCUGAGCGUAUUGAGUCUCUCAUCAAGGAGCUCUCCGGCAAGGACUUGGAGCAAUUGAUUGCUGAGGGUGCCGAGAAGCUUGCUACUGUUCCUUCUGGUGGUGCCGCUGCUGCCCCCGCCGCCGGUGCUGCUGCCGCUGCUGCUGGUGGUGAGGCCGCUGCUGAGGCUAAGGAAGAGCCUAAGGAGGAGGAAGAGUCCGAUGAGGACAUGGGCUUCGGUUUGUUCGACUAA